AUGAGCGACGACAACAAAGAUGCGCUGCGGUUUGCAGCCGAGUAUGCCGAAAAGAAUGUCGACCUCUACGAUCUCCUCGGCGUAGACGCUCUCACGUCUAAAGAUGACAUUCGCCGCGCCUGGCGCAAGCGCUCCCUCGCAUACCACCCCGACAAGGCCGGGGACAAGUUUGACCCGGAGAAGUGGGAGCUCUUUGAGCGCGCGCGCGACAUUCUCUCCGACGACAAUGCCCGCGCCACGUACGAUGCGGCCAUGAAGGCCAAGCUGCUGCGGAAGCAGGAGCGCGCGGCCAUGGACAAGGAGCGCCAGCGCUUCGCCGACGACCUCGAGGCCGCAGAGAAUGCCGCGCGCCAGCAGCAGCAAGCCAAGCAGCAAAAGGACACGGAGAUGCUGCAAAAGGAGCGUGAGAGGCUGGCGGAGCUGCAGCGCAUGCGGGACGAGGAGAAUUCUCGGCAGGCGGCUGCGGCGCAGGAGAUGGACGACAUGGCGGAGGCACGCCGCCGCCUCAAGGAGAGGAAGGAGGAAAAGGCGAAGCGCAAGGAGGCCAAGGAGCGGAUGAAGUCUAGCUCUUUGUAUAAGAAGCAGGAAAAGGGUCCCGCGAAUGGUGCUGUUGAUGUACCGGGGGACUAUGCCGUCGAGAUAGAUGGCCAACGGAAAAUGUACUGGGAACUCGUCUGCGAGAAGCUUAGAGCUCGACAGGCACUGACCGAUAUGGAUCAAAUGGGAAACGGACCAGACAUGCAGGAUGACACAAUGCAAGGUCUACAGCAAACCAUGUCUACGGCCAAGCAGCGGAUAUACGACGCAGAACUAGCGUAUCAGCGCGAAAUCGGAACAUCUUGA